UUCCAUCUCUUGUCCAGUUGAGGGCGUCCACGCGCCAUUUUUUAAAUUAGAUUUUUUUUUUUGUUUUACACAAGACUGUACGAGUGGAUUGUCGAGCACGUUUGACUGGAUGCCGGACCCCAAAAAGACGAAACAAUCGAUCGUUAUUGUAAAAAAAAAACCCUGUUCCUACUCGAACAUCUUUCAAUUAAUAAUAGUGUCCUCGAGCGCCCAAGUGAGCAGCUUUUUGGUCUGGUGGUGGUCCGCGAGCCCAUAACGGCUCGAGCCAGAAUGUGAGCAACGUAUUUGGUUGACACCGAUUGUGAUGCAGAUGGCUAUGAUUUAUUCUAUAAUUCGUCAGGAAAAGUAACAUACUAUUGGUCGUUUGAGUAUUGCCUCAACUGGAAGGGAGCGAUGCCAAACCGGCGCAUCGGCAGGCAGUCAAAAGCCUCCAAAAAGAACAAUGAAAAAGGCCCCGUGCUGAAUGAGGAAGGGGCCCAGCGUAGGAUGAGAAGUCAGAGGGUGAGAGCCUGGUUGAAGCAAAGCGAGGCACCCAAGUUCCCAGUAGACCCGGACGAGCAGAGUCACUGUGAUAUCCUCGACAUCAUCGACAUCUCGUGCGGUGAGGAGCUGGCUGCGGACGCAGAAGCCGGAGGGGUCGUCGAGGUGGCCGAUAAUGGGCUGGACGAUUCGAAUGAGUGCGGCGGCUCUGAAUGCAGCAUAGCCUCUGGUCCCUCCUUUAUGCAUCACACCACCUCCAGGCCGCCGAAGCCCCCCCGGGCGCUGUGCUCCGCCUGCCUCGGCCUCUAUGAGAGGACCAAGAGAGCAAAGGCACCCGUCAGAAACAAAGUCAUGGACAACGAUCCCCAGUCCCUGACAUGUGACCGGUGGGUGCUGGUCAAAAAGCGGAUGCCCAGAAGCCUGCCCAACACCAGACGAGGACUUUUAAGCCUUUUGCAACUGGACACAGAGGGAAAGCAGCGUGUGGAGGUGUCCUUCGUUUGCUCCAGGCCUCAUGUUUUCCUCAUAAGAAACCUCAGGUGCUGCACCCGAGUACCGGCGGGAAAACAAAGGAAGAAGAACCGGAGAAAGAGAUCCCGAGAGGACUCCCAGGAUCUCCGCGUUGCUAAGCAGCAGCGUCUCCAGAGACGGAGACGCAGCCGCCACCAGAAAAUCGCAGGAAAUCCCACGGGGCCCAGCCCAAACAGCUGUUCUAGCAGCUGGAACUGUAGCGGUCAGGAAAUCGACAGUGGGGCUGCUGGAGACCCGACUGCUGAGGCCAUCCCCGCGUCGGUAACCCAGGAAACCGGCAAGGCGAAAGAUGCCCGAGACAAACGGGAAUCCUCAAAGAAGACGCGUGGAUUCAGAGACCUGCUGGCUCAGUUGCGAGGCAACAGCAGCAUGAUUGUCAGAGAGACGCGCUAGGCAGGCGACUCAGAGCUCACAGCUCCUGCUGAGGACCUUUGAUGACUUGUGUUUACUGUUUCCAUGUUCUUCUGCUGUUUGUUUUGCAGCUGGCUGUUGCUGUUUCAUUCCCACUUUAUGGAAAAGGAAGCGCUCCAGUUCCACGCUCUUCCCUGUUUGGUUUUUGUCUCAUUUAAAAUGGGGGUUCAUUUACAAAAUCGCACAGAACUUGAGAACUGUGAACAUCUGUUGCUUUUUUAAAGACCAAUUACAAUAAUCUGUAAUCCAUUUCCCUAAACCGGAUCCAUUCAGCAGCACUGAAGUUCAUCUCUGGUUCCACAGGACAAGAUGGCAGUUGGUUACAGGACCUCACUGGUCCAAAUUAGUUGGAAGAAACUUUUUUUAAAUUAACUUUGGAACAUCAUAACUGUCUGACAUAAAUAUAGAAACAUAUACGCCAUGAUUUGAUGUAAAAAUGUUGUGAAAAGCAAGAAAAUAAGCCUUUUCUUUUUCUUUUGUCGUUCCACAUUCCAAAGGACAUUUGAUUGUUGUUACUCAGCAGCACAAACUGGAAUGUUUAUGAAUAAAUGCCACAGUAAUGAUUUAUGAUGAGGACACGUUUCACCUUUGUGUCUU